AUGUCUCGAAAAGAAAAUCUUAUAUCUGAAUUGCAUCCAAGGAAAGGGACAUGGAAGAUAGCGGUGUGUAUAACCGAUAUGUGGGAUGUUAAGAAGCACAAUGGGAGACAAGCGAUUGACAUGGUCUUAAUAGACCAAAUGGGUGUAAAGAUUGGGGCAACGCUAUGGCAAGAGUUGUUCCCUGAAUUUCAACCGAAGUUAACUUUAGGUUGUUCCUAUUUGAUCCAAAACAUCAAAGUUGUGGACAAUCAAUCUGAAUACAAAGUAAGUCCAAUUCCAUAUUUGCUUUACUUUGUGGAAACAACAUCUGUGAAGGAGGUUGAAAGACUUGAAAUUCCUGCUAAUGUACACGUGAUAACUGAAAUUGCUGAUAUUAUUUUUGGCAUUGCACUGCGACAUACUUUAGUUGAUUUUGUGGGUGUUGUCGCUGAAGUUAUUGAACGAAAAAUAGUGAAUCCUGCAUACAGGGUUACGGAUUAUGCUCUUCAGCUAGAUGAUGCUAUUGAAAAAAACCAUUUUGUUAGGGAGUCGUUGGUGCUUAUGUUAACAUUGGCUAAGAUCAAAGAUGCCAAAGACAAGUAUCCCCUCAGUGUCCAAAAUAUAAAAAAUGGUUCCAAGUUGUAUGUAAACUCCGAUGAUAUUGCUGAGAUAAGGAAAUUUCGUGAUAGUUUAUGUGUUCCAUUUUAUGUUGGUGGACUAACAGAAGAAGGGAGUGGUUCGCAAUCCCAGUAUACCAGUAAUUCACAAAGAGGUGAUCGUGAUAAGUUCUUGCAUAAUGCUCAGAUGGCCAGCUUAGGUGACAUAAGCAGACUGAGAGAGUGGAUGAAAUCCUAA